UACGCAAGCUUUGACCCGUACGACCUGAAGGGGGCAGUCGUAGGAGAUUUGGCUGUGCUGAAAUCACCUUUCAUCUCACCAAAGCCACACGAACGUUGCUUGGUAUUAUACGCGUACAUGUUUGGUUAUGGUAUAGACUACUUCACCAUACAGAUAGUUGAAUGGGGUGGCACACAGACCAUGGACCCAUCCUUCGCUAUAUUCGGCAAUUACGGGGAAAGGUGGAUGGAACUCGAAAUGGAUGUUCCCUCGUCAACGUUGUCUUUCCAGAUCUUAUUCGUUGGGUCGGUUGGCAACUCCAAAUCUACAUCUGAAAUAGGUCUGGAUGACAUCACCCUCAAGAAUGGAAAGUGUCAGGCGAAAGCCACCGAACCACCAGUUCCUUGGGCGGCCAACUGUGAUUUUGAAUCAACGAGUGAUCCGUUCUGCGGCUAUACUAACUACGGACUCAACGAAUAUGACUGGGUUGUGCAUAGUGGGAGUACCAGUUCCAGCAACACUGGCCCUCCAGGCGAUCACACAACAGGAAAUGCAACAGGACAUUAUGCUUACGUCGAAACAUCUAUUCCACAUCGGCCGAAAGAGCGCACUAUCAUGAGAUCGCCUAUUCUUAAUAGCAGGAAUCAGGAUAUCUGUAUUCGAUUCUAUUACCACGCACAUGGUAAAGACGUCGGAUCACUUUCCGUUGUGGGUGAUUUGGAAGACUCUUACGAUGCCAUCACCCCAUUCUCGAUCUCCGGCGAUCAGGGAAACAUCUGGAAUCCUGCAAACGUGUACCUCCCAGCUAGCUUCACUUUCAUCCAUAACUUCAGGAUUGAAUUCUCUACGGAAAAACUAAUGGAUGGUUUCGAGGGCGACGUCGCUAUCGAUGACAUCCUAUUCUUGCAGCAACCAUGUGACGGGUAUCCGUCAGAAAGCGAGUGUACCUUUGAGGAAGGUCUAUUCGGCUGUGGAUACAGUGACGACCCAACUGCCGAGUACCAGUGGGAAUGGUUCGAUAUCCUGGCUGUUGAAGAGCCACCUCUGAACACGAUUUCAACUUCAUACAUGUAUGCCAAAGCUUUGAUUCCGAGCCCCGGUCAGACAGCCGAAUUCUACUCUGCAAUCUACGACCUCAACGGCCGGACCCAUUGUCUGACAUUCGAUGUCGUCCUCACAUCAGACAACACUCAACAACUCCUGAUUCAGGCGCAAGAAAUGGAAACAGAGACAAGACACGAUAUAGGCAGUCUAACCGGUGACAUCGAUGGGUCUUGGUUUACAUUGGGUUGGCCCAUACAGGGAGACCUCCUGAAUUCUCCUUUUCAACUCGUUUUUAAAGCGGUGUAUGGGUCGAGUACGGAUGGAGUCAUAGCUCUUGACAACGUAUUCUUUUCAGAACAUCUCGACGUUUGCAAAGAAAAUGCAGUACCUCCUACGAAGGUGCCCAUAAAGAGCACUUCACUGUCGACCGAUACAACGAUAAGUCGUCACCCCAAAACAAGAAGUAAACCUAAAGUCAGCAUGAUCGUCGGUGUCACCAUGGCCGUCGUCAUCGCAGUCGCAGUCAUUAUCGGUGUCCUCAUGUUCUUGAAAUAUAGAAGCUCGACUGGGUCACUUAUUGUCGGGAAUAAGAAUGAAAGGCUGGAUGCAAAGCCGUUCUCUAUGGAUUCCUCGGACACCGGAAGGGAGCUUAACUCCAAUCCGCAAAUGGUUAACCGUGGGACUGAUCAGGGAUUGCAAGCUUAGUUUUGCAAUCUGAAGUAAUGAUUAAAAGAUAAUAGCUUUUUCAAUUGUCCUAAUGGAAGAUAAUCUGAUACAAUGUUGAAGAGAUUUAUGUAUACAGUCUGAUAAAUACGAACUAUACGGGGGGUUGUUCGUUCGCAAUCGAUGUUAAUCAAUGGAAUGAGUUAUUAGAUUAAAAACAAAGUCCUCCGUUAGCCGUGCACUUGCUAUGACAGCAAUUGCAGGGCUAACGGAGGACUUUGUUUGUAACCUAAUAAGUUGUUUAGUGUUAUUUUUUGAUGAAUUUAAGACAUGUCAUCGAAAAUGCUCGAUUUCUUCUUUUUUCAUAAACGCAUUGUAUAACAAUAUUAGGUUCGAUAAUUCAUAUAUCAUGCAAUUUCAUGCUAUAUAUUCUCCCGAAAAAAUGAGUGUAGUGUAUGU